AUGACAGAUACGAGCAAGCCCGGUGUGUCGCUUCCGUUGCAUCGUGCGCGGUUUGUCGACUGGACGCCGUCGUCUAUUACCGCAUUAGCGUUCUCGCCCGUGCCGCCGAUGCAGGCCAGUGCUCAUAUGGCCAGUUCCAUGCGGUCCGUGCUGGCGAUCGGUCGUGACAAUGGCGAUAUCGAUGUAUGCACAUGGUGUGAAGAUGUUGUAUCUACGUCACAAGGGGCAUCGAUUUCCAAGGGGUGGAUGCCGGAAGUCACGCUCUUGGGCGAUACCAACUACAAGAUUGAAUCUCUUGCGUUUACACUCUCGACUUCGUACGACGGUGUGCCGUACCUUCGUCUGUUCAGUACAUCAGGUGGCAGUAUUAUUUCCGAGCACUUCUUGCCACCUUCCAUUGCCUAUGUGUCGGAGGCCACCUCGCGUAUGCGUGUGACCCUGCCUACGUCUGCCACACGAACUCUUUCGUCGCAAGGCGGUACGAUUUGGAGUAUGGCAGCAAGUCCGACCGGCAAGUACCUUGCGAUUGGCUGUGAAGACGGUGUAGUGCGUCUUAUCAAUGUGGCUGGGGAUGCAUUUGAGCAUGUCGUAGGCCACCGUGCACCCACACCCGGCAGCGCUGCGUCGCGCAUGUCGCGUGUCGCCAGUCGUAUUCUGAGCCUCGCUUGGGGUCCGCCGCAGCGGCGCGCUACGGCACCUGCACGCCGCCCAACGUCCACGUCGGAUACGUCUUCAGACGAUGAGUGUGAGGACGACGAUACCGAGGCAUGGACCGAUACCUAUUUGCUGGGUGGUCUUGGCAACUCUACGGCAGUCGUGUGGGAUGUAAGCACAGGUCAUUUGCGUUCGCGACUUACCGUGCUCAAGAACCGCAAUGAGCACACGAUUGUAUGGGCCGUGGCUGUGCUGCGUGAUGGCACGUUGGUGACGGGCGACUCGACCGGCCGUGUCACCUUUUUCGAUGGACGCACGCGUGUCCCUAUACCUGGUGCCUCGUUCCAGUGCCAUACGACCGGGGCCGAUGUGCUUACGCUGUGUGUAAGCAGUGACUCGCGUGCUGUGUACAGUGCGGGUGUGGACCAAAAAGUUGCCGAAUAUACCUUUGUCGGCCAUGCAUGGGCGCACACAGGGACGCGCCGUCUACAUGCGCACGAUAUUCGUACGUUGGCUAUGGACCCACCGUUGGAUCUACGCAGUUCCGCUUCCUCCACGCCAUCGCGGAUGCCGAUCUUGGUCAGUGGUGGUCUGGAUUACCAUUUGGUACUUACACCCGCGUCCCAUGCCGCUUGGCGUGCGAGCAAGGAGGUCAAUCCUAUUUCGUCCAGCACAUCUACGUCCUUUGCUGAUACCACUCAGCGCCGCGUGGCCUUUGUACCUGCGAGCGCUCGCGAAGGCGUAGUGUGUGUAGCGCCUGGGCCACGGUACGUGGUCCUGCGCCGUGAGCAGAGUGUGGGGAUUUGGCAGAUUGAAGGGACCGAUGCCUGGCGCAAAGUCCUGGAGAUGGAGUUGCGUGUCAAGUCGAAUCUUGGUGCCGUGGCGAUCAGUUCCGAUGGUCGUUUCCUCGCGGUUUCAGACCUGUACGAAACAAAACUGUUUGAUCUGAGCACGUCCUCACCUCGUCGCGUGCCCGGUCUUGGGGCAGCGAUUCACCGCGGUCGUGAUGUGCCUGCGCCUGGUGCCAGCUCGUUGCUGUUUACGCCGGACAGCACUCGGUUGGUGCUGUGCACUGCGCAAGGGGCGUUCGUACAUGUGUUGCAACUGCCUACCUCGAGUACAGGGCCUGUGACGCUGCUCAAAUCCUUUACGCAACAUCGAUCUCGUCGCGCUGCGGCCGAUGGCCGCCUGACCGCGCGCCUGCCUGGUGAGGAUAGCUCCUCGACAGCGCGCGAGGCGGCCUCUGCACGUGAUAUGUUUGUUCCCAUCGUCCUCGCGGCUGUCUCGCCUGAUGGACAGUGGCUGCUUACGGCGGAUACCGCGCGGCAUAUGCAUGUGUUCCAUUUGGACACACUAUCGCACCAGCGCGCGCUGGCCUCCCCGUCGUGCGUGCCCAGUGCCGCGUGCUUCCAUCCGUCGCAGCCUAACUGGGUGUGUGUGACACUGCCUACCAACCACGUGCUGUUAUACGAUGUGGAGGGCGAUACGAUGCCGAGUUGGGAAGCGACGUUGCGGCAGGAGCUGGAUGCACAGCUUGGCCGUAUUCGUGAGCCUGUUGUGGGCUGUACAUGGGUGGCCACCACACAGGGGGCUACCUUGGUACUAUACGGCCCGACAUGGCUGUGUACCGCGCGCGCCUCGUCGACCAUGGCCUCGAGUCGGAAGAAGCGGCGCAGUUCGGACGACGAAGCAAGUAUGCCUGGCACAUGGUCCAUUCGCACGACAUUCAAGUACCAGCCUCUGCUGUACGUCGGCGCUCUGGCGGUCGACAAGCCUGAGCUCUUGGUCAUUGAGCGCCCGUACUUUGCCUUGGCCCAAUCGUUGCCGCCCGCCUUCUACCGCGGUGCCAAGUAUGGUAUGUAG